CCAGAAUAUAAAAGAUCCUCAAAAGCCGUGCACCGGACCUGAUCCCGCUGCCAUCAGCACUCAGCGCAAAAGCGCUUGCGCUUUGCGCUUUGCGCUUGCAGCGCUGUGCAGCACUCCUGCUUGCUUCAGGUCGCUCGGAAGGUCGUGAUGGGGAAGCCUGGACUCAAGGCACAAACCGCGCUUCAUCGCACACCGACGCCCAGCCGCAGCUUGUUUUCAUUGCUGGAUCAGAGCAGAAGUGCUGCAGGUGUCGAUGAGCCAACCAGCAGCAGGUCGAUUCCAACCGAGGCGACAGAGGUCUCGCCCACAGAGGUGGAGGCGCAGGCGGCGCAGGAGCCGACUGGUGACGAAGCACCACUGGUAGAGAGGCCUGCCAUCCCUCCCAGAAAACGAGGAAGACCAAGGAAGCAGAAGGAGCUGAAGCCAAGCGAAGCAAAGAAGAUCGUGCAAGCGCUGGCAGAAGCGACCCCAGGCUCGAAGGUGCGGAAGGUGCAUCACAUGGUAGCCGCGCCAGAGGACACGCGGGUGAUCGCAGAGGAGCUGCGGACGGCGGUGAUCGCUGCUGAGGAGUUUCGACCGGGGACUGAAGGUCGCUCCGGCCAUCCUCGCCGAUCACGCUUUCCGGUCCUCGAGGCCUGGCGCAAUGAGCGUGUCAUCUACGAGCGACGACCCGGCUCGGCGAUGCCACAGAUCACUGCAUGCGAAUUCGUCAAAGAGGAGAUCCUCGAGGGUGGCAAGGAUGGGCGCGGUGCCAAAGACGGACGCCGGAAACGGCCGAGGAAAGAAACUGGGCCAGAUGGUCAAACAGAGAGGGCCUGUCCUGCCUGUCCUCGAUGUGGAUUUGGCACCCACGUGUUGCAAGCGGAAGAGAUGCACGAGAGUUUACCACAUCAUUCGAUGAGACCCACGGCGUCACUGCUGCGCUCCCAGGCGUCUCCCAGGAAGGUCCGGAAGGGUCUCCAGGUGAGCUUCGCUCCGGAGUCGAGACAAGAGAUCGACAGCUUUCGGCAUUUGAAAGAGCUUUGGAUCGACGACGAGACGUUGAACAAGAAUCUUAACGAAGCUGAUUGCGCCAAGUGCCACACGUGCGUCUUCGCGAGUGAGUUGUUCAAUGGAGAGGAUACGUUGCAGUUGGAUGUUUGGCCAAGAUCCUCCCGCUUCAAGGCUAUUUGCAGAAGCUGCAAACUCUCGAGCCUCUUCGAAAAGGUGGGUGGCUGGUUCCUCAUGUCCUGCGCGGUCGGUGCCUCAUGGGAUGCGCAAAAAAUGGCCCCUGGCAUUGACCAGAUUUCAAGUACCAGACAUUGUCCCAUAGAAGUCCAGUUCCCUUAGCUUACAGUUUUCAGGAACUGCCCAAGUCAUCAGGUCUCCUAGGAAAAGACCAUUCUCGUCAUAGUCUUUGACUCCAAGAGUUCAUGAAUACUCCAAGAGUUCAUGAAUCCAGAUGGAAUUUCAGAAGUUCCUUUCUACUGCCAUCCGUGCCGUGCCCAGUUGAAAGAAGUGCAACUUCCGAUCCACGAGCACUACAGCUUGGUGCUGAGUGGACAGCAUAACGCACCGGCCAGGGGGUAGCAGAAGCUGCAAGUCGUUGAAGAUAACAUUGCGUAUGCUGCAUUCCUGGGCUUAUAUUGAAAACUCAUCAAUAAUAAGUGGUAAUGCACGUCAAAGUAGGAUAGAAAAGGCGCUCCCUUGCUUCCGAAUAUGGCUCUCAUUCAAAACGUCCUUCAGCAAGCCAUGGUUUCGCUUGAACAGGAAUUUGUUCGUUUGACACCGGGGUCAAGCGAGGUUAUAUAGAUUUCAGGGGCAACUUCCCAGCCGGAACCCAUGCAGAAGACUCAUAGAUCAUCGCAUAGAUACACCCUGACAGUCAUAGACUAUAAAACGAAUUGUCUUUAGGAGUCUUCAGGGUACGUGAAAGGGAACUUCCUUCAUUUCACUCCACUGAGGCAACAUACUGUAUAUUCUUUUCACUUCACUGGGCUAGGGUACUCAAAGGGAAGGCAAACUAAACCAGGACUUCGACGUCUGAUCUUCAGGACUUGGGCUGUCCCAGCCGUGAUCGGUUCGGACGGAGGCGAACGCAUUGACGCAUUGACAGGACGGGGCUCCACGCUCCUUGAUGUAAUUGGUCAUCCUGUAGUCAUCCUGUAGCCGAUAUCAAUAUGGACCAUCAAGCUGAAAACCACCUGAAACCCGUGCGGUUUGUUUGUUUGUUUGUUUGUUUGAAAGCCCUCACACACCCGUGCGGCACCCUCUGAAACCCCCUUCGGACCAAGCCCCCAAGCCCUCCAUAGCCUUAAGCCUUCCCUUUUCCUGGUGAGGUCCG